AUGAUGGUGGUGGUGGCCGCCAUGAUGGUGGUGGUGGCCGCCAUGAUGGUGGUGGUGGUCGUGGCUGUGGUGGUGGUGGCUCGGGGGCUGGGGCUGAGGAGCCGGAGGGCAGGUAGUGGUGGUAGUUGGGGGAGGGACAGGGAUGGGGAUGAAGACGGGAGGAGGAGGAGGAGGAGGAGGGUGGUGGUGGUGGUGGUCAUGGCUGUGGUGGUGGUGGCUCGGGGGCUGGGGCUUAGGAGCCGGAGGGCAGGUAGUGGUGGUAGUUGGGGGAGGGACAGGGAUGGGGAUGAAGACGGGAGGAGGAGGAGGAGGAGGGUGGUGGUGGUGGUGAUGAUGGCCGUGGCUGUGGUGGUGGUGGCUCGGGGGCUUGGGAUGAGGAGCCGGUGGGCAGGUGGUGGUGGUAGUGGGUGGAGGAACUGGAAUCGGGACAAAGAUUGGCGGGGGUGGAGGAGGAUGGUGAUGAUGGGGAUGGUGAUGAUGUGGAUGAUGAUGAUGCGGAUGAUGGUGAUGGAAUUGCUCAAAAGAGUGGGGGAACUGGGGGAAGUGGGAGUCUGCGGCGACGCUAGCAUCAUCAGCCAAAGCGAGGGGAAGGAAAGCCCCGAGGGCAGUCGCGAGGGUAACGAAAGCCUUCAUCUUCGAGUUCGAGGACCGAAAUACCUGAUUUCACCUGCCUGA